GAGAGCUCCCCCAGUGAAUUUGCUCCUGUUUUGACGCUUUCUCUCUCCUUUUGCUGCUGUUCUUGAAACUGGCGUCGAGUUCGUCCGCCCCGGAACCCAGUCCCUGUUCAAUUUCUACUUAUAACCAAGGUUCAAACCUUAUUUCCGCUGACAGGUCCGUCCCGGCAACAAGACAAGGCACCGGCAUAAUUACCGCCGAACGAACGGAAACAUGCAGGCCUUCCUCGAACCCUACAGCUAUCUGAUCUGCAGUCUGCUGCUACUGCUCAGCAACCUCCGCCAAGCACACGCUACCUAUUACCUCAACCAGGCCAACGGGUACGAUUCACUGCCAUCAUGUGCCGAGCCGCCCAUCAGUUCCAUUGUGCGGGAUAUGGUGGCGGGGUGCGGUGACGGCGGGAGGACGACGUCGUAUAGCUGUUUCUGCACGGCGAGUUCCGACAGGUUUAGGGAGAUUAUCGCGACGUCGGUUGCGAAGAAUUGCGGGCGGUCUGGGGCCGAGGUUGAGAGUGCGACGAGCGUGUUUGAUGCGUAUUGUCAAAUGGAGAAGACUGACAAAGUCACUACUUCUGCGAUUGAAGUGACAUCAGCAUCCGCAACUGCAACGGCAUCUGCGGCGGAUACCGUGUCUGCCUCACCAGUAAGCUCUGGUAGUCUCACGAGCAUCGCAUCGCCGACGUCGUCCUCGUCACCGGCUUUUCCGAGUUCCGGUAGCUCUGGCAUAUCUACCGGAGCGAUCGUUGCCGUGAGCGCCUGCACUUCUCUUGUGGCUAUCGCGUUGUGUGCCGCGGCCUUCUUUCUGUGGCGUCGACGACAACAGAAAUCUUUGCGGGCGGGCCGGGAUGCACAGGGCCAUGUUUAUGAAGUCAAAUCUCAAGGCGACAACCCUCCAGGUGAAUUGGAUGGGAGCCGGGAAGUCUCCCAUGGCGCGGGAGAGUACUAUGCAAAGCCGGAGUUGGAAGCGAGGAGUACUGUGAGGGAGAUGCAUGUUGAGCCAAAAACUAGGAGGCAUGGGUUGGCUGAGCUGCAGUGAUUCUCGUGUGUUAGUAUUGUUCGAAUAAGUAAACGACGCACGAGUGAAUACGGACAUGGCGAUUCUGUAUGGGUUUUUUGAGAUUCAGUGAAUAGACUCGAGCGAAAAUCACGUGAGGUG